CGUGUUGUGUGUGUGGAUUUCUUCUUUUGAUUGUUGGGGGGUUUUGGAUCUCUUUGUUAUAUUCAUUGUGUGGGUUUGAAUUCUAUUAAUUGUGUUGCCAGCUAAAUUAGAAAGGGGAUUUUGCUUGUCAGAACAAGGUUUAUACCUUCAAAUUUUUUACAAUUAUUUAAUGCUGAAUUCACUUGGUUUUCAAGAUGUGUAAUUGCACUUUCUGCAAUUGGUACUUUUGGACCCAAUUAAUGUUGAGAGAGACCUUCCUUCUGCAGUUCUGCAUCGCAAUUUAUUCACAUUUAACGCCAUUGAUGACCAUAAUUUAGUUUGUUGGGUAGAUUUUUGGAUGAGUGAAAUUUUACUAGUUUUAGGGGUUUUUGGGAUUGAUAAGAGUCAAUGAUUAGGUUAAAUAUAUGGUUAGUUUGCUUUGUUUGUAAGAGAACCACCACUUUGUGAAAAGUGGUUGUAAUACGUUUUGAGGGCGAAGGGCUAUGGAGGACGACGUAUUUUCCGGCCUUGCCAUUAGCCAGCAGAUCGAGGGCAAGGUUGUUCAAACGUUUCAGAAAAGUUUUGUGCAGGUGCAAAACAUUCUGGACCAGAACAGGGUUUUGAUCAGUGAGAUCAACCAGAAUCACGAGUCAAAGAUCCCAGAUAAUCUGUCGAGGAACGUUGGGCUGAUUCGGGAGCUCAACAACAACAUUAGGAGGGUAGUUGAUCUGUACACCGAUCUGUCCAACUCCUUCGCCAAAUCCAUGGAGGCGUCCUCGGAGGGCGAGACGAGAUCUGAUGGAAGAGGUGGGCAUAAGAGAGUGAGAUCUGGUAAUUGAGGUGAUACAAUCUGAUUAGUGUAACUUGAUUCCUUCGGAAUUUUCUUGAUCUUUAGCUAGAAUGAGCAUUUUUCUUGAGAUAAAAGGACUGGAUACAUAGAGCUAUCUGUCAUGGUAUUUUGGUGUAAAUCUUGAAAUUGUAACAUCAUCAUGAUUCAUGGACAUUAACUGUUUAUACACUUUCAAAUGAGCAAAUCUUUCACAAUCUUUUCCA